AGCAUGGAGAACGGCUCGGCCGGCGGCAGCCUGCCCAGCCCACAGGACUCCCCUUUCGGCUGCCCCAUCUGCCUGGACACUCUGAAGGACCCGGUCACCAUCCCCUGCGGCCACAACUUCUGUCUGGGCUGCCUAGGGGCGCACAGACACCGCCCGGGGGCCGGGGCGGGCGGCGGGCAGGGCGCCCCCCGCUGCCCGCUGUGCCAGGAGCCCUUCCCGGCCGACCUCCAGCUCCGCAAGAACCACACGCUGUGCGAGCUGCUCCAGCUCCGCCAGCCGCCGCCCGGCGCCCGCAGCCCCAUGGCCCCGCCGGCGCCCCCGGAGAAGGAGGCCCCCGGCCCGUCGGAGCCCGGCGGCGCCCCCCAGCGACAGGAGCCGGAGGAGGCGCAGGAGGGGGGGGUGCUGUGCGAUGUCUGCCCCGAGGGCGAGCGGGCCACGGCGGCCCAGUCCUGCCUGGUGUGCCUGGCCUCCUUCUGCCCGCCCCACCUGCAGCCCCACCUGCGGAGCCCGGCCUUCCAGGGCCACCGCCUGGUGCCCCCGCUGCGCCGCAUCGAGGACAGCCUAUGCAAGCUGCACCUCCGGCCGCUGGAGAGCUUCUGCCGCACCGACCAGGCCUGCAUCUGCCAGCUGUGCCAGGGCCAGGAGCACCGGAGCCACGAGGUGGUGGCGGUGGAGGUGGAGCGGGAGCACAAGGAGGCCCAGCGACCCAAAAUCCUGAGCUGUGUGGAGAACCAGCUGGUCGAGCUGGGAGUCACCGUCGCGCAGACCAGAAAGACCGUGGAGCUCAUCAAAAGCGCCGCCCUGAAGGAGAAGGAAAAAGUCAGCAGGCUCUUUGAUGAAGCAUCCAGAGCUCUGGUGACCUUCCAGAAAGAGGUGACUGGCUUCAUCGAGGAUGGCGAGCGAUCCAUGCUGCUUGAGGCUGAAGCAGAUCUCCGGCAGAAGGAGGAGAAGCGUGCCACGCUGGCUCAGUGCAGGCAGAACCUGGAGAGGGUUCCGAGCACGGAUACCAUUUACUUCCUACAGGAGUUCCAGGCCUUAAAAAUAGCAGCUGAGGAAAAGAGUUCCCUGUGUCCAAGCUUCCAGAAGGAACUGAGCUUCACCAAGUCCAGCCAGGCUGUGUGUGCCGUGAAGGAGCUGCUGGUGACUGCAUGCAAGAACCAGUGGGACCAAUUGCUGGGGAAGGGGUAUGAAGAGUCUGGUUUCCAUGGGAUGCAAGAAGCAGUCACUGAGCCCCAACCUUCGGACAAAUCAAACAAUCCAGCCUGCUUGGAGACAAGAGACUAUUUCCUGAAAUUUGCCUUCAUCAUCGAUUUGGACAGCGAUACCGCGGACAAGUUCCUCCAGCUGUUCGGAACCAAAGGGGCCAAACGAGUAUUGAACCCCAUCGGCUACCCCGAGAGCCCAACCAGGUUCAUCAACUGCGAGCAGGUGCUGGGCGAGAACCUGAUGAACCGAGGCAACUACUACUGGGAGGUGGAAAUCAUCGACGGCUGGGUGAGCAUCGGCGUCAUCGCCGAGGACUUCAACCCGCGGGAGUCCUACGACAGAGGCCGCCUGGGGAGGAACGAGAAAUCCUGCUGCCUGCAGUGGAAUGGACAGAACUACGUGGCCUGGUUUGGUGGCUUCGAAUCCGUUAUCCAGCAGCCCUUCUUUCACACGAUCGGGGUGUACCUGGAGUAUUCAGAAAAGGCACUGACCUUCUACGGGGUCAGGGACACCAAGAUGACGUGUCUCCAACAGCUCAAGGUUGCCCGCUUCAAAAAAGGCCACUUUGACCCCUUCCAGAAUAAGAUCAACCACCAGUUCCCAUCGCUGUUUGCUUAUAACCUCAAACCAGCUUUUUUCCUUGAAAGCGUAGAUGCCCAUAUGCAGAUUGGGCCGUUGAAGAAAGAUUGUGUUUCAGUGUUAAAGCGGAGGUAACUUGCAGAGAAGACCCAGGAGUCUCUCUUGUAAUUGUUUACCAGCACCGUGGCUUAUAUAGUCUUCUCUCUGGAAUAGCCCUGCCAACCCACUCUAGCCCUGUGCUGUUUGUAACCCAGGGGUUAACAAACAGAAGUCGCCUCUUAGCGGAUAAAGCCCUGGACUGGGACUCAGGAGACCUGGGUUCUGUUUCUGGCUCUGCCAUUGGGUGACCGUGGGUAAGUCACGUCACCGCUCUGUGCCUCAGUUUUCCCAUCUGUAAAAUGGGAGUAAUUAUACUAACCUGCUUUGUAAAGUGCUUUGAGAUCUACUGAGGAAAAGCAAUAGAUAAGAGCUAGCUAUUAUUAUUAUCUUUAAAAAACGGGCAUUUUAUGAUGGCCUAUCCCUGCCAGCCCUCCAUUCCUAACCAAGGGGAUAUAAUCUUAGUGACCGCUCCGACCAUAUGAUCCCACAGUUACUCUGCUCUGUGCCUUAUUCCACACUGUAAAUGCGGGAUGGUCGUUUAAUACGUGUUAGCCCCCCGACACCUUCAAAAUCUGCUUUCUGGGCGAACGCCUCCUAGACAAUGCUUUAAAAAGAGCAGGUACAGCAUGGGCUGUACAAAUACAAUGCUCUACACAGCAGCAGUACACUGAACCACCAGCGUGCCUCAACCUUAUUCUGGAGGGACCAUAUCUAAGAGUGAGAGCGCCCCCCCAAGACAUACGGAUGCUGUGCAUAAAGACACCUCAUGUCCCAAAGCAGGGAGGUGAUAGACCAGCACCAAUGAGAUCACACCUAGAAUGCUCAACUGAGUCCAACACACCUCCACACCAGAAAGAGGGAGACAGGAAUUCAGGGAAAACCAGCAAGAAUGACUACGGGUGUGGGAGGGAUGGGUUGAUUGAGGAAAGAUUAAAAGAAGUCCUGGAUUGGCUGCAGGAUGACGAUGGGACAUGACGCCGAUGCACAAGGAUGUAACCGCAUUUUAGUAAGAAUUGUUAGGGGUGGUAAGUAGGGCUAUAACUAGGAGGAAUGGGAUGAAAUUAAGGAGAAUGAAAGUUGAAUAUCAGGGAAACUUCUUAAUGGCGAGAUCUAUUCUUUUGUGGAAUAGUCUCCCAAGGGAAAUGGUGGAAGACCCCUGUGAUGGGUUGGAUCACAGAAACCCCCUGGGGCUGCCAACUGAUGUGCCAAGACUACUACUACCCCUGCUGGGACUCCAGCACCCUGUCUUGUUGAGCCAGACGCGCUAGGCUGCUCCAACACAGGCCCAGGGUCCGAACCACGUGCCCCAAAGCUGCAGAUUUAACUGAAAGCAGCUUAAGAAGUGUUCCUGUCUUUAACACUCAG